AUGUUAUGGCAUGGAUCUUAUGGAUCUUCCCAGUGCCAGUGCUCGACGCCUCAGGCCUUGAAGCUUAGAGAGACCAGCCCAAGGCCUGAAGCGACUCAGUACCAACUGAUUGAAGAUGUCGAAGAUUUAGACAGGUAUCGUCAAGGGGGCUAUCAUCCACUUCGAAUUGGGGACGCGUUAAACCGGUACUCAACUACAUGGCUAGCCCAGGAUCUACAAAGGCCCAGAUAUGUGGCAUUGAAAGUCAUCACUGCUGAUGCCAGUGGCAGCACCAACGAGGCUACUAUAAUCCGCUCUCUUCAAGAAUUAUCAGACAAGCUGGGAAAGGAGAUUGUGCCGCCUCUCCUCGACGAAUUCUGGGUCUCCGGUCCCAAUGGGAAGCAUAGAUGCGUAGUCACUCCACCUGCGCGGAUGAGCUUGUUCGAUGCCAAAGAGUCUUCAAAAUUUGGGCUUUUUCAACCCAAGGUUGCGCAAUCGAUGAUUGCUCAGCUUAUUCGUGGGGUUACAUUUCUUCACAGUCAAGAUACAGUACAUGGAGACAUUCAUCUUGGCAACAUCCUAGUACAGUUUCCGAAAGCCAUCGAUGAACUUUCCACGCCAGAGCUGUACCAGAGAUACGGAGAGCCAGAGUCGGAGGCCGUUGUCCGCAUUGAUAACAAGGCGCUGUCAAGCAGCGUACCUGCUCAAGUGUUUUUUGCUGCGUGGUUUGGCAUCCGCAGCGACGACCUUGCUCUUGGUGAGGAGAAGAUCAUCUUAAGCGAUUUUGGAGAGUCAUUCAACCCACACAGAUCGCCUCGAUACUCUUCAAAAACCUUCCCGCUCCUCCAGCCACCAGAAACGAGAUUCUCUGAUGAGCCGCUCUCAUUUGCCUCUGAUUAAUGGACCCUUGCGUGUACUAUCUGGGAGAUCUUCGGCCAGCGGCCUUUAUUCGAGACAUUUUUCCCAACUCGGGACCGUGUGACGAUGGAGCAGGUUCAAGUCCUUGGCAUCCUACCUUCCGAGUGGUGGGAGAAGUGGGACAGGAGAUUGGAAUGGUUUGACGAAGAAGGUGAAUUAAACAUGACGACAGGGGUGCGAAGACGUCACGAUGGUGUGCGCAGAACCUGGGAAAUGAGGUUCAAUCAUAGCGUACAGGAGGCUCGAGCUGAGGCAGGCUUGGAGACCGUGAC